AUGGCUUUUGUUAUUCCAGAGGCUGGUGAUCCUUUGGGUAAUUCUUUAACAGCUCAUGCCACUAACAUACCAGGUUGCAUUACAUAUCCAGCAGUGGAAGAAGGGUCUACAUUCGAAAUCAAGCAUCACAUGUUGAGUAUUCUACCUACAUUUCAUGGGUUAUUAACCGAUGAUCCUAACAUGCACAUUGCAGAAUUUUUAAUGGGAUGCAAGAAUAUUUUGGUGAAAGGAUUCUCAGCUGAAUCUAUUAAGCUUCGUCUAUUUCCUUACACAUUGAAAGAUCAAGCAAGGAGAUGGCUCCUCACACUUCCAUCUGGAAGCAUUAGCACUUGGAACCAACUCAGUGAAAAAUUCUUAAACAAGUAUUAUCCAGCUUCAAAGACUCUCGACAUGAGAACUCAAAUUGAUUGGUUCACGAGGAUGGACCCACGAGGUUGUUCGAUAAUAUAG